CUUGCGCGGGAGCUCGGCUCGCCUCGGCUCUCCCCGGCCGCGUUUGACAGGUUGCGGUAGAUCUUGGGCUUGGAGGAGGAGGCGGCCCGGGGGGUCCCCGCCGCGCGUCCCGGGGCCCCCCUAGAGCCAUGCAGCUGCCCCACGCUCUCCGAUGCGCCUUCUACCAGCUACUGCUGGCCGCGCUCAUGCUGGUGGCCAUGCUGCAGCUGCUCUACCUGUCCCUGCUGUCGGGGCUGCACGGGCAGAAGGAGCGGGACCGGUACCUCGAGUUCUUCCCCCCGUCCCCCCGCUCCGUGGACCAGAUCAGGGCGCAGUUGCGCGCCGCGCUGGCCACCGGCGGAGCCCUGGACGCCAGCGGCGAUUACCGCGUCUACCGGAGCCUCCUGAAGGCCGCCCGGGACCCCCACGACGUGGUCCUGGCCACGCACGCCAGCGUGGACAACCUCCUGCACCUGCCGGGCCUGCUGAGCCGCUGGAAGGGCCCGCUGUCCGUGGCCGUGUUCGCCGCCACCAGGGAGGAGGCGCAGCUGGCCACGGUGCUCACCUAUGCGCUCAGCAGCCACUGCCCCGACCUGCGUGCCAGGGUGGUUUUGCACCUCGUGUGCCCGUCGCGCUACGAGGCGGCCGUGCCCGCCCCCCGGGAGCCCGGUGAGUUCGCCCGGCUGCGGUCCUGCCAGGAGGUGUAUGACAAACUCGCCCGGGUGGCCCAGCCGGGCCUCAACUACGCGCUGGGCACCAACGUCUCCUACCCCAACAACAUGCUGAGGAACCUGGCCCGGGAAGGGACCGGCUACGCGCUGGUGAUCGACGUGGACAUGCUGCCCAGCGCUGGACUCUGGAAGGGCCUGCGGGACCUGCUGGAGCAGGGCAAGCCGUGGCUGGGCACCGCACUGGUGGUGCCUGCCUUCGAGAUCCGCCUUACCGGCCGCAUCCCCUCCAACAAGGAGGAACUGUUGAAGCUGUACCGGAGUGGCUACGUGCGGCCCUUCUACGACGGCACGUGCACGCCCUGCCAGGCGCCCACCAACUACUCCCGCUGGCUCAGCCUGCCCCAAGAGCCCUCGCUGAAGCCUGCUUACCGGGUGCCCUGGCAUGACCCCUGGGAGCCCUUCUACGUGGCUGGGGGCAAGGUGCCCGCCUUCGACGAGCGCUUCCGGCAGUAUGGUUUUAAUCGCAUCAGCCAGGCUUGUGAGCUGCACAUGGCAGGAUUCACUUUUGAGGUGCUCAAUGAAGCCUUUCUGGUUCAUAAGGGCUUCAAGGAAACCCUCAAGUUCCACCCUCAGAAAGAAGCAGAGAAUCAGCGCAAUAAGCUCCUUUACCGCCAGUUCAAACAGGAGAUGCUAGUCAAGUACCCCGACUCGUCGCGUCACUGCUGAACCCUGCCUGGCUGUCAGUCCCGAGCCCCAGCGGUGUUAGCCGGGGUAAGACCCGGUCCCUACGGGGAAGUACUGAACUUGACUGAGAAGUGCUGGGAGCCAGUCCCAGCUUUACCACUAACUAGCUGUGUGGCCUUGGCAAAAGGCGGCCCCUCUCUGAGCCUCGGUUACCCCGUCCGACCUACCUCAUGGAAUUGCCAAGGCAGAUCAGAGGAGGGGCCCUGCGUGAAGGCUAUUCUGGAAGCUAAGAACAGACGUGAAGGAGGCUUACUAGGAUUGCAGUAUUCUCGUUGUGACUUAAUUCUGGCUGUUAUUCCUGAGCUCGGGUGCCUGGGCAGGACCAGCGCAAAGCGUAAUGAAUG